CCUCGCGCGCUGUUCCCAGUCAGAAGCGUUCACGGGAAGGAGGAUGCGCGGCACCGCGCCUCGCCUCAGAGAAACCCACUCGGUUUGAACGGAACAGCAGAAGACUGAACAAAAUAAAAAUUACACCACACACACACACCGUAAACCGCGACGUUUGUUUCGAGAGUUAAACACAAACAAACACCACAAACCAGCGGUUGUUAUGGAAUUAAAGAAGUCCAUCGUGGACAACGAGAGGAGCUACGGCGCUGUGCGCGAGACCAAAUGGAGCAAAGAGGAAGGUCAGAUGGAUGUGUCCAUGGCUGAGAGCUCCAUGACUCCAGAUGAGAUUGAGAUGGAGAUGGCCAGGAUCCAGAGGCUCAGGGAGGUGCUUGUCAGAAGGGAGUCCGAGCUCCGUUUUAUGAUGGACGAUAUUCAGCUGUGUAAAGACAUCAUGGCUCUGAAGCAGGAGCUGCGCAAGAUUGUGGCCGUGCCAGAGAAAGAGAAGAGUAAGAAGCACCAACAGAAGGAGGAAGAGCUGAUUCAGAAGAUCCAUAAGCUGGUGGAAAAGAGGGAUUUCCUAGUGGAUGACGCAGAGGUGGAGAGAUUGAGGGAGCAGGAAGAGGACAAAGAGAUGGCAGAGUUCCUCAGACUCAAGCUCAUGCCGCUGGACAAACUGGCCAGUCUCACACAGAGUGAGUUGCUGAAUCAGGGUCCUCCAAAAGUGAAGAAGCAGACCCCAGAACCUCCACCAAACAAACCAUCCAUUACCAAGAGCAGCGUAGCCAUCAUAAAGGACUGCUGUGGAGCCACACAGUGUGCCAUCAUGUAAAAGUUCUCCAUAGUACAGUUAAUACGUUUCAGGAAAAAACAAAACACUCUCUUACUUGGGGUUGAUCAGGUUUGCUAUAGAUUUUUUUUUUCCUCCUUUUGUCUUUGCAUAGCAGGUGUAGUGCCAUUCAUUUUAGACGUGCCGUGGCUCAUCUAAUACAUUAUUUUCUCUGCAUUAAAACAUUUUUAUUGCUGUAUAUAAACCCAAGAUGAUGUCCAUUGGCUCAAAUUUGAAACAAGAUGUUCUAGAUGCACAAAGCCACAGAGGUUCUAGAAUCCUCUGCAGUCAGGAGCUGAAGCUCGAGGUCUUGAACUCCUUUUAGAAUCAAAGAAUUCCUGAACCCACUUUUGCAAGGAUCUGAAGCUCUACUGCAUUCUGGAAAGACAUCUAGAAUCGUAGAGAAUUCUAGAAUCCACUUGAGUAAGGAUCUGUUGCCUUGAUCAAUGCGUUUCACAGACAACUGAAUAUGGUGCAUAGCUGCCCUUUUUCACCACAAAAAUGUCUGCUCCAUUUCAUCUCUAAAGAGCUGGUGGACUGGAACGGAGUUUCUUCAAUAUCAGGGAUCUGGGACAGGGACUUUUCAUUGCUAUGGCAACAACUCAAGUUUGAUACAUGAAGGUCACAAGAGAAACAGAACGAUGUAGAGCUUUAUAUGAAGUUGCACCAAUACUGUGCUUAUUUAUUUGCAAGAAAAAAAAAUGUUCAGGUACUAAUGGUCAGGAAAUGGCAGCAAGCUGGAUGAAUUUGAUGAUUAGUAAGCAAAGCAAGACAGACUGCAAACUGUGCUCAGUGCAUGUGGUCUUAAAAGUCGUAUGCAAGAAGAGAAGAGAAAAGGAUGGAUGUUCAAUAGGAAACCCUUAUUGAUACCAUCAUUUUAGUCCAGCAUUUUAAAUCAGCUGCCCCAGUAAAAAGAUUUGUGAUAACUUGCAUGUUUUUCUUCAUAGAAGAGCUCUACAAGCACAAUUGGUUCUGAGCCAGGACAUUACUUGUGUUAAAAGUUAAUAACGGGUACACACAGAUCUGGAGUACUGUACAUUUCAGUACUCAUUACAGUCAAACGUCCACCACUGAUCUGAAAAAUUACUUCUCACUGCACCAUUUUUACUCCUAAAAAUGACCUGUAUACUUUCCAGCAACCCCCCCCCAAAAAAAAACCCUGCAAUUUUUUCCAUCAUCUCUCAUGCAGUUGCUGUGAUUCUGAUCCAAAUGUUGAAACUCGAGUGGUCCCAAGCGUCAACCAUGUCAGAUUUAGUUGUCUUGCCUGCGAACAGAAGUCUUUCACAAACACAGGGUGUUAAAUGUUAUUUUCUUGCUUGCAAGCUCUUUAUGUUGUUGCUGUACUCAAACACAUUUGUUUAGUGUUUAUGAGCAUUUUCAUCACACUGCAAAUUUCAGGAACGUUACAGAAAACUAAUCUUCCCUUCCUGAGGUUUUACACUGGUUCGUUAUCUCGGUCAAGCGUGAAUAAAUACAAACCCUUCACAUUAUUUGUAAAUAUGUGUUCCAAUAAAAGCAUCUUUCUGGA